UCCGGCGCUGUGGGACGGCGGCGCGUGCGGCUGCUCGGCUUCCCCGGCUCCCUGCGCCGCCAGCAUGGAGACUCGCCGCGUGCCGCAGAAGGACCUGAGAGUAAAGAACGUAAAGAAAUUCAGAUAUAUGAAGUUGAUUUCCAUGGAAACCUCGUCAUCCUCUGAUGACAGUUGUGACAGCUUUGCUUCUGAUAAUUUUGCAAACACGAAACCUAAAUUCAGGUCAGAUAUCAGUGAAGAACUGGCAAAUGUUUUUUAUGAGGACUCUGAUAAUGAAUCUUUCUGCGGCUUUUCAGAAAGUGAGGUGCAAGAUGUGUUAGACCAUUGUGGAUUUUUACAGAAACCGAGGCCAGAUGUCACUAACGAGCUGGCCAGUAUUUUUCAUGCCGACUCUGACGAUGAAUCGUUUUGCGGCUUCUCAGAGAGUGAGAUACAAGAUGGAAUGAGACUGCGGUCGGGCCGCGAGGGCUGCAGGACCCGCAGCCAGGGCAGGUGCUCCGGGCCGCUCAGGGUGGCCUUGAAGUUCCCGGCGCGAAGUAGCCGGGGAGCCGGCAACAAGAACGCGGCGCCCCCGCCACCCUCGGAGAAUCUGGGGACUGAUUCCAAUUCCGAUUCGGAAGACGACAGCGGCAUGGAUUUUCUGGAGAGAAGAGCCUUAAACAUAAAGCAGAACAAAGCCAUGCUCGCAAAGCUCAUGUCAGAAUUAGAAGGUGUCCCCGGCUCGUUCCCUGGAAGACGGUCCUUCCCGGGCCCCAGAGCGAGGUCCAAGACACCCCGAAGGCGCACGUUCCCAGGCGUGGCUUCCAGGAGGAACCCAGAGCGCAGAGCCCGGCCUCUGACCAGGUCCAGGUCCCGGACCCUGGGGUCCCUCGGUGCUCUGCCCAUGGAGGAGGAGGAGGAGGAGGAGGACAAGUACAUGUUGGUGAGAAAGAGGAAGUCCAUGGACGGCUACCUGAACGAAGAUGACACGCCCAGAGGCCGCCGCCCGGGCUCCAUGACCCUGCCGCACGUCAUCCGCCCCGUGGAAGACAUCACAGAGGAGGAGCUGCAGAACAUCUGCAGCAACUCCCGGGAGAAGAUCUACAACCGCUCGCUGGGAUCUACUUGUCAUCAGUGCCGCCAGAAGACCAUUGACACCAAAACAAACUGCAGAAACCCAGAGUGCUGGGGUGUUCGAGGCCAGUUCUGCGGCCCCUGCCUUCGAAACCGUUACGGGGAAGAGGUCAAGGACGCUCUACUGGACCCGAACUGGCACUGCCCCCCGUGUCGAGGCAUCUGCAACUGCAGUUUCUGCCGGCAGCGAGACGGGCGGUGUGCGACCGGCGUCCUGGUGUACUUGGCCAAAUUCCAUGGCUUCGGGAACGUGCACGCUUACUUGAAAAGUCUGAAACAGGAAUUUGAAAUGCAAGCAUAAUGCCUGCAAGGUGACCGGAAACUCGAGCAAGUUCGUCUUCAGACGUGCGCGCGUUCCCGAAGCAUCACAGAAGGCGUUUUGCUCGUCACACUCUGCCUUCCUGCAGCUUCUCUGCUUUCCCUGCCCCCAACUCCUAGCAGCCCCUCUACUUCCGAGGCCCUCGCCCGCCACUUAGUUUUAAAUGACAGUUUCUGAAAGUGUGUUUGAUUUCAAUGGUGUUGAAAUGGCGCUAGGAUCCGCCCAUAAAACCCAAGCACUUAGAGUAGUCGUGCUGACUAACUAGAUCUACUGACUGGCAGGGAAGAGCCCCCUCCUUCCAUUCCACAGGAGCACCGGUUGUGAUUUAGUGUUGAGACUAGCUGGCCUUUCUGACGGACUUGAGGCACAGAUGCACGGUGGAGCUGGUGCCUUGAGAUGCCUCCCGUGAGAAUAUCCCACAUGUUGUGCUUACCGUACAGGGCGUUGUCCUGAUGCGUGCUCGCCACUGCAUCCCAGGGCUGGGAGCAAAAAGUCCCCGGGUCGUGACGCACUGUACUUAAGGUUAUCAUAGAAAGGCCACCCGGUGAAACUUGAGCACUAGGCCGACUUUCGCUGUUGCUAUGAAAACUUUCGGGUCAUUGUAGUUUGCCAAGUUUGUUUGAGUUCGCUUGCCAGGUAUUUCAGAUAAAUUUGGGGACCAUUUCAUGUGGAAACUUGAUAGUAAUAACUAGUCUCUGGUUCUCAUGUUUCUUGAAAGAAACCAGGAAAGCACGGGGUUCGUGUGCAGGCUUGAAGCACUUUGGUGACAGUGAGAAGUGGCUUUUUGGAGGUGGGUCACUUCAGGCGUUUGCUAACUGGACAUCCCUGCCCGCUCCCCCCGAGCGGGUCUCCCUUGUUCUCGUCAUUUGGUAGAGGGAAGAACUAAGUCUGUGUCCAGUGUACGUGUGUAUAGCCAUUCCUGUGCCUGAUCAGUGUUGAAUUCAUCUUGGGACCUCAAAUCAGAAAGUGUAAAUACCGUUUUUGAUCUGUAAUGCUUUUAUACAAAAGUUUUUAUUUUAAUAAUAAAACAUUUUGUUC